GUCCCCGUACGUGUGCUGUGGCAGGUGUGCCGCGAGGGCGGAGACUGUGUGGGAGGGAGAAGCCCCUUUGGCCUGCCCUACGGAAGCCUGCGAGGGAGGGUAGUGACCGCUGCCCGGUCCUAUUGUCCCGAUGCCCAGCGCCAGCGCAAGCCGCAGGAGUCAGGAGAAGCCGCGGGAGAUCAUGGACGCGGCGGAAGAUUAUGCUAAAGAAAGAUAUGGAGUAUCUUCAAUGAUACAAUCACAAGAAAAACCAGAUCGAGUUUUGGUUCGGGUUAGCGACUUGACAAUACACAAAGCUGAUGAAGUUGUUUGGGUGCGUGCAAGGGUUCAUACAAGUAGAGCUAAAGGGAAGCAGUCUUUCUUAGUCCUACGUCAGCAGCAGUUUAACGUCCAGGCGCUCGUAGCAGUGGGAGACCAUGCAAGCAAGCAGAUGGUUAAAUUUGCUGCCAACAUCAACAAAGAGAGCAUCGUAGAUGUAGAAGGUGUUGUGAGAAAAGUGAAUCAAAAAAUUGGAAGCUGUACACAGCAAGAUGUAGAGUUACAUGUUCAAAAGAUUUACGUGGUCAGUUUGGCUGAGCCCCGCCUGCCCUUGCAGCUGGAUGAUGCUGUUCGGCCUGAGGUGGAAGGAGAAGAGGAAGGGAGAGCUACUGUUAACCAGGAUACAAGAUUGGACAACAGAGUCAUUGAUCUUAGGACAUCAACUAGUCAGGCAAUCUUCCGUCUUCAGUCUGGUAUCUGCCAUCUUUUCCGAGAAACUUUAAUUAACAAGGGUUUUGUGGAGAUCCAAACUCCUAAAAUUAUCUCAGCUGCCAGUGAAGGAGGAGCCAAUGUAUUUACUGUGUCAUAUUUUAAAAAUAAUGCAUACCUGGCCCAGUCCCCACAGCUGUACAAGCAAAUGUGUAUUUGUGCAGAUUUUGAGAAGGUGUUCUGUAUUGGACCAGUAUUCAGAGCUGAAGACUCAAAUACCCACAGGCAUCUAACUGAAUUUGUUGGUUUGGACAUUGAAAUGGCUUUUAAUUACCAUUACCAUGAAGUUGUGGAAGAAAUUGCUGACACCUUAGUACAAAUAUUCAGAGGACUCCAAGAAAGGUUUCAAACUGAAAUUCAGACAGUGAAUAAACAAUUCCCGUGUGAGCCAUUCAAAUUUUUGGAGCCAACUUUAAGACUGGAGUAUUGUGAAGCUUUGGCUAUGCUUAGGGAAGCUGGAAUCGAAAUGGGAGAUGAAGAAGAUCUGAGUACACCAAAUGAAAAACUGUUGGGUCGUUUGGUGAAGGAAAAGUAUGAUACAGAUUUUUAUAUUCUUGAUAAAUAUCCAUUGGCUGUAAGACCGUUCUAUACCAUGCCUGACCCAAGAAAUCCUAAGCAGUCCAACUCUUAUGAUAUGUUCAUGAGGGGAGAAGAAAUACUGUCAGGAGCUCAGAGAAUACAUGAUCCUCAGCUGCUAACGGAGAGAGCCUUACAUCAUGGAAUUGAUUUGGAGAAAAUUAAGGCAUACAUUGAUUCCUUCCGCUUUGGAGCCCCUCCUCAUGCUGGUGGAGGCAUUGGAUUGGAACGAGUCACUAUGCUUUUCUUGGGAUUGCAUAAUGUUCGCCAGACCUCAAUGUUCCCCCGUGAUCCCAAACGACUCACUCCUUGAAGAAAACCAUGCAGUUUUUAUUCUUUCCAGUAACCUGCUAUUGAUCAGGCUUUCCCUUAGCUACUUAAAAUAUACAGUGGAGUAAAUGUCUUAUGUAAAGUGCCACAGUUACUUUGGAUUAAUUCAGUAUAGAUUACUUUAAAGGAGAAGAUUUUUAUAACUUUGGACAUGCUUCAGUAGGAAAUGGUUGAACAUUUUAAUGAAAAAUUCAUAUGGUUAUGUUAAAAAUUCAUAUUGCAUUAUUACAAUAAAUGUUAACAAUUUUAAACAGUCAGAUUGUGUAAGGUAUUUUUUUUUCUUUUCUAUAUUACAGUGGCUAUAUUAAUGUCUUAAAUUUUCAAUAUUUGAGCUUAUUUUUUUAAAUUCUGACAUUGACAAAAGAACAGUUUUAGGGAACUAUCUGAGAUUUUAAUGAAUGUAUAAUUGACAUAUCAUGGAAAGUUAAGCAGAAAGUAUCAAAUCUUUAAAGUUGUGCCCAAAAAUCAUGUAAAGCAGGUGAACUGGUUAGAAAAUAUUCAAAAUAAUGCUAUAUUAAAUUAUUAACUUCUAAAUUGAAUUUCAAUAAAAUUUUAAAGCUGGUUA